UUACAAUAUGCAUUAAAAGAACGAAACAGGUGUACAUAAGUGUUUUUGUUAAUUAAUGUUUUUGCUCUUAAACUAUUUUUUUAAAAUAUAUUUCUAAAAAACGAAGAAAAUAUGAUGCCAUUGUAAUAUAUCUUGCCGCAAAUAUUAAAAUUGCCAAUACUCAAAAGUUAAGAUAUGAUAUUCUUAACAAAAACGGAACUUGCCUUUUAUUUUCUAAUCAACAUUUCAUUUUUGAUAUACGGUUGUUAUAGUUUAAUUUUGGUACGAGAUAAAAUCCUUGAAAAUGCUGCUGUUGGAUUUGAGAAAGGAUGGGAGUUUCUUGGUCAUCCUUAUGAUAAUGCGGGCUGGGAAUUUGAAUGCUUCAAAACAUACCUAAUACGUAAUUUUAUAUGGUAUUUGAUACAUAUGUUAGCCGCAGAGUUGAUCAAAUGUUUUAAUUCAAAAUUUGUUCCUGCCAUGCAUUUUGCUGUUACUGCAACAUUUUUACUUUUUACGUUUAAAAUUAAUUUUCAAAUAACAAUACUAGCACAAUUGAUUACUUUUUAUGUAUUUCGAAAUAUUCAAUCGAAAUUUUUGACCUGGACACUUGGAGUGCUUUGGAUAAUUUAUAUUAAUACUAUAACGCCCGGUGCUGCAUUACAUGAAGAUUUCAAUAUAUAUUUUGAAACAUACAAGUUUGUUGUUCUAUUGGCUUGGAAUAUUUUACGGGGUCUUAGUUUUAUCUUAGAUAGACAAGAAGCACUUAAAAAUAAUAUUGGAUUGAAACAAUGGAAUUUAUUAGAUUUUAUGCGUUAUGCCGGUUAUAUGUUUUAUUUUCCAACAUUUAUUUUUGGUCCAUUCAUUAUUUAUGGUCGAUACUCACAAUUAUUUAGCGAUAAUUUUCGAGAAAAGGAUGUUAUAGAAAGAUUGAAAAAUUUAAUAUUUGGUUUAUUGAGAAUUGGAUUUUGGAUAUUAUUUGUAAAUGUAUCAUUGCACUUUUUUUACUUUUACUAUUUACAAUAUGAUCAUGAAGCUGUUCUCGUUUUAAGCUCACUGGGUCUGUAUGGAUUUGGAUACUUAAUGGGACUCUAUUUCCAAAUACAUUAUAUAAUAACAUAUGGCUUAGGAAUAACAUUUUUAAAAUAUGACAGUAUUAGCCCACCAAGGCAACCAAUUUGUAUAGCACGCGUUCAUUUCUAUUCUUAUAUGUGGCGUUAUUUUGACGAGGGACUAUAUGAGUUUUUACUGAAGUAUAUUUAUAUGGAAUUACAAACAAGAUCAUCUUCAGGUUUACGGAAACUAUUUGCUAGCUUUGUCACUUUUGUAUUUAUAUUUAUUUGGCAUGGAUUAUCAUAUGUAAUAUUUGUAUGGUCUGCAUUAAACUUUUUAUGUGUUGUAAUAGAAAAAGUUUUUAAAGAAUUUUGGAAAUCAGAUUUUUUUCAAAAUAACGUCACCUCACGACUCUCUGUUAACAACCAGAAAAGGCUUUAUGGUUUACUCGGAUGUCAUAUAUACAUACCAUCAAUAAUGUCAAAUUUUUAUUUCUUUGCUGGAACCGCUACAGGACAUCAUUUUAUGAUAACGACAUAUACUAGUGGAUUAAAACAUUAUUUAAUUUUGACAGCAGUUUGUUAUUGUAUAUUUCAAACUUCUGAAUGGAUAUUUCAAAUAGAAGCAAAUAAGAAGAAAAAAGAACUAAAAUAAAAUUUACGUUCGUCAUUGGUUUUGUGGUCGUCAUUGAUCAUCACGACAUUAAAUCAAAGUAAACGGAUGAAAUAAGUAAACUGCAGCAAGUCUUAAUUUGAAGAUUGAAAAUUUGAAUAAACAUAUUUUUACAUA